ACCUAAAUCGGUGUUCCCCGGGUCAAGGUCACUUGGGAAGGCUCCGGACGAAACGAUCUCAUUCCCUUUAAGCUGAGAGCUGUGCUUCCGUAUUCUUCUUCCAACAGUGCUCCUGGCAAGACGAUUCGGUUCUUCCUAAAACAGCGACGGUGCAGCCUCGGUUGGAAUUCCAGUUUCAAAGCUUGAUUUCCUUACCUAAAGUUCGCAGCAGCACGGCCCGCCCGAGCGACUUUUGGCCCUUGGAAUGUGGGCAGCGCCGCUGCCCGAGCGACUUUUGGCCCUUGGAGUUAACCCGAGGGACUGUUCUUCCGGCAUCCCGGGGCGUGGCCCGCAGGUGAGCGGGCGAGGCGGUUCUGCGGUCCAGGCAUCAAUACCUGCCCAAAGGCCAGUCCACCUCAUACGACAAGCAACACAACCACAGAGGCUCAGGGAAUAAAUGGGAGGACACCAGCAAAACGCUCAGCUGCAAGUCCAAAGCCACAAGUGCCUCCAAAGCCAUUAUACCUGCAGAAUUCACCUUCAUCCCACACACCCCAGAUCCCCAGGCAUAAAGCUUUACCGAGUGCAAAACCGAGGAUGGAGGAAGCUAAUCCGGCCCCUACUUCAUGUGCCUCAAAAGGGAAGCCUGGUAAGGUGUCAGAUCUCAUCAGCCACUUUGAAGGAAGCAGUGUUUUGUCAAGUUACGUUGAUUUGAAAAAAGAUUCUACCGUGAGCCUAAAUAUUCCUCAAACUGCAGGACAGCAUGGAUUGACCUCCUCACCUCCCCGGAAAUUCCUAACCCAGCACUCUCCACAGAAGCAGGAAAAUGAUACAGAUCAGACUCAAGGCCAACAGGGUUGUUCAGCCAAUGGUGUGGUGGCAGCACAAAACCAGAUGGAAUGUGAAGAUGAGAAAGAGACUUCUAUUCAAACUGCUGUGGCUUCUUUCGAUACACACUUGGUGAAUGGAGAAAGAAAUGAAACUACGACAGAUUCUGUAUCAUCCAUAACCAAUAGCCAUGAGGAAGAUGCCUCUGACAGCAGGACUCCAGGUGCUGACUUAGGGCUUCCCCCCAAAGGAGGAGGGCCAGGAAUGGAAGCUGAGCUACAAGAGAAGGAAAAUGGAAUGAGCACCAUGGACCCGGAUAGGCCGGACCAGCACCAUGAAAUAAAGGAGACUAAUGAGCAGAAACUUCACAAAAUAGCCAAUGAACUUUUGCUUACAGAAAGAGCUUAUGUCAGCCGGCUCAACCUCUUAGACCAGGUAUUUUAUUGCAAACUAUUAGAAGAAGCAAACCGAGGCUCAUUUCCUGCAGAGAUGGUGAAUAAAAUCUUUUCUAACAUUUCAUCAAUAAAUGCCUUCCACAGUAAAUUCCUAUUACCAGAACUGGAGAAGCGAAUGCAAGAAUGGGAAACUACUCCCAGAAUUGGAGAUAUUCUGCAAAAGUUGGCGCCAUUCCUUAAGAUGUAUGGAGAAUAUGUAAAAGGAUUUGAUAAUGCGGUGGAGCUGGUUAAAAACAUGACAGAACGUGUUCCCCAGUUCAAGUCAGUGACCGAAGAGAUUCAGAAACAGAAGAUCUGUGGAAACCUGACCCUGCAGCACCACAUGCUGGAGCCUAUUCAGCGGAUCCCGCGCUAUGAGAUGCUCCUAAAGGACUACCUGAAGAAGCUGUCCCCUGACUCCCCAGACUGGAAUGAUGCGAAAAAGUCACUUGAAAUUAUAUCUACAGCAGCAAGCCAUUCUAAUAGUGCAAUAAGGAAAAUGGAGAACCUGAAGAAACUCUUAGAGAUUUAUGAGAUGUUGGGAGAAGAAGAAGACAUUGUAAACCCUUCAAAUGAACUAAUAAAAGAAGGACAAAUCCUCAAACUAGCAGCUCGGAACACAUCAGCACAAGAGCGCUACCUCUUCUUAUUCAACAACAUGUUGCUAUAUUGUGUGCCCAGAUUCAGCUUGGUGGGCUCAAAAUUCACAGUUCGAACCAGAGUUGGCAUUGAUGGGAUGACAGUCGUGGAGACUCACAAUGAAGAAUAUCCACACACUUUCCAGGUGUCUGGGAAAGAACGAACCCUGGAGCUGCAGGCCAGUUCUGAACAAGACAAAGAAGAAUGGAUCAAGGCCCUUCAAGAAAGUAUUGAUGCUUUUCAUCAAAGGCAUGAAACCUUCAGAAAUGCAAUUGCAAAGGAUAAUGAUAUCCACCUAGAAGUGUCUACUGCUGAGCUGGGCAAAAGAGCCCCAAGAUGGAUCCGUGAUAACGAAGUGACGAUGUGCAUGAAGUGCAAAGAGCCCUUCAAUGCGUUGACGAGAAGGCGGCAUCACUGCCGGGCAUGUGGACACGUUGUUUGCUGGAAAUGUUCUGACUACAAAGCUCAACUUGAGUAUGAUGGUGGAAGACUGAACAAAGUCUGUAAAGACUGUUACCAAAUAAUAAGUGGAUUCACAGACAGUGAAGAGAAGAAGAGAAAGGGGAUUUUGGAGAUUGAAUCAGCAGAAGUAUCAGGAAAUAGUGAGGUGUGCAGUUUUCUCCAGUACAUGGAGAAGUCAAAACCGUGGCAGAAAAUAUGGUGUGUGAUCCCAAAGCAAGACCCCCUUGUGCUGUACAUGUAUGGUGCUCCUCAGGACGUCAGAGCCCAGGCAACCAUACCACUCCUGGGCUACAUUGUGGAUGACAUGCCAAAGAGUGCAGAUCUGCCACACAGUUUCAAGUUGACCCAGUCCAAGUCUGUGCACAGCUUUGCUGCUGACAAUGAGGAACUGAAACAGAAAUGGCUGAAAAUCAUCCUUCUAGCUGUCACAGGUGAGACACCAGAUGGCCCAAGUGAGCAUCUAGCCACCUUGAAUGAUCUCCCUGGACCAAAGAAAAAGUCAGAAUGCUAAACUCCAACCGCUGCCAGUGUGGAUCUCAAGUAAGACAAAUAGCUCAAGACAUCCCAACGCUGCUUCCUCGUCUCUUAGCACUUUACAUUGCGAGAUAAGAUUUCAUAAAUUCAUCUUUUGGGGACUUUUUAAAUAUGUUUGUAUACUCUUAGUAAAAUCAAUGUGCAGAGCCAUUCUUCUAUUGAAGUUCUGAAAUAAUGUAGAAAGUAGAACACUUUUGAUAAGCUAUUCCUUAACUGUGUACACUGGCCUUGGGGUGGUGGCAGGGGAACCAUUGUCAAUUGAGUGUAUCACUACCUGGUCAUAAUGGGCCUUUCGUUUAAGAAAUCCUGCAAUGUCUCGUUCACGUGUAGGACUUGUGACAGUGUGAAAGAUAUACCUCCAUGUAACCAAAAUAGAUCUAUGGUAAAAAGUACAGGGACAGUUUAGAGUAUUGUAUGAACUUGUCUACAUGGUUUCUGUUCUUAUACAUCACAAAAAAAAAUAGGUUGUUGAUGUUUAUACUUUUUAACUUAAUACCUGUUUUUGUAAAAUUACUCCUAAUAAUGAAAUAGCUAAAAUAUAAAUCAAUUUACUUGUAUAUAGUAUUGAAAAUAAGUAUGAACAUGUGAGCCUUUCUCGUCAGCUUUAGUUUCAUUUCACUCCGGUUCAUUUUUUAAAUAUAAAACCUAUUUUAUCUCUGAACUCAGCACUGUUCUAAACUUAAGAAAACUUUUUGAUAAUUUAUGUUGAACUGAUUGGAAUCCAAAUGUAUUGAUAUUUUUAUAGUAAAAAAGCAGUAAUCUAUGUGGUGUAGGAUAUAGUUUGAAUUCCAACAGUAUUUUUAGAGUACUAUUUUUUUUUGUUCUGUACCUAUUUAAAUCAGUGCCUCUCUUAGAAGGUGCUAUUAAUACUUAGAUAAAAGAUGAGGGUUUAGUUAAUGUUAACUAAACAUUAUUAUUUUACCAACUCUGAUUAUUCUCAAUUUAAGUGCACUUUGGUCACUGAGAUAAAAAAUUAUAUGGAUUAUUUUACAUUUCACAAUAACAUAAUUGUCUUAGUAAUUCAAUGUCAGCAUGUACAAAAACAUUUACUAAAACUUGAACUGUAUAAGACAAAUACAGACCUGGGAUGUGUGGAAAACAUUUGUUUAAUGUUUAAUGUUUUCCUUUCCAUAAGACUAUUAAUGAUUAAAUAAGGACUACAUAUAAUGAACACUUAAGAUAACUAUGGGCUUUCUUUUUGUUGGUGCCAACUUACUUAGGAGAAGGAGUCACUAAGUAGGUAGCAGAGGGGAUUUCUGAGUAAAUCAUUCGCCUGGAAAGAGCUGCAGUCAGUACUGCAGACUCAACCGUGGCAGCUUCCCAGGACAUGAGAAGCACUGAAGAAAGCAGAGAAUAGUUCUCCCUUUUUAGCCCCCGUGGAACCUCAGAUGAAAUAUGGCUGUCUAUUAUAAAUAUAAAGUCUGCUCUUUGUUAGUUUGUGACUAAAAUCUCACGUUGAAUUGACGAUUUAACUUUUAAUACUUCUCAGAGGGGUUUUUCUCACUUUCCUGUACUCUAAACAUACCACUUUAACUGUACUGUUUACUAGGAAUCCAUCCGAAUGUCUCUGCUACACAAGGUCUUUAAGGGCUACACUUGAGAUGUACAGUACGGUUACUCAGAAUUGGAGAUCACCACACAUUUAUACAGCUCAUGCUGCAUAAGAAAUCUCUCUUGUUUUUUCCUACUCCAAAGGAGUAAGGGAACCGAUUAGGUUCCCUUUGUCCAUGAAAUACCAGACAUGAUCAUUAACAUUAAACCAUCUAUUCAGAGACACUAGUAGGAGAAACAAAAGAGUGACUUCUUAUUCCCUACUAAAUGAGGGCCAAAUAAAAAGAAACUGCACAUUGUUUCUUUUUUCUAGUUGUCAACAUUGGUACUGCAUUUGGGUGGUAGAAAAAGAGACGGGUGUUCAGGGUACCUGUUGAUAAAAUUAAACAAUAGAUAGACGUGUUAUUUUACUUUUAAUAUCUCAAGAAAAGAGAAAUAGUAAAAAUUUAGAGUGACUAUCAGAAUAAAGAUUACUUUUGUAAAUAUGAAUAGAAUAAAUGAAUGGGAUAUCCCACUUAGAAGAUUUAUGUCAUAUUAUUUUUAAAAAAAAUUGAUCAGCAAGACUACAUGUUUGCCUACCAGUAAAUUCUUGAAUAUAUGUAAUGUGGAUAGACACUCAGUGUUGUUCAACUUAGAUUAUCGAAAGAAUACUCAUAAAAGGAUGUCAGCAUGCUCCUAUGGUUCAUUAAAUAAGGAAUGUCAGUGCCAGAGAGGAUCUGUGGCCAUUCCAGUCACCCACUUCGCUGCCCUCCCAUACCCUUAGCCAAGCACAGUGAGUGGCUGUCCCCAUCUCUCGCUCUCAAAAGAAUCCCUAAUACUCUCGGUACAAGAAAAGUAAUAGAAUUGUAUUAAUUACUUAUUAAAAACUCAACUCUGGGGCUAAGAAGACUUCUAUGCAAGGGUGAAAAACAAUUCAGUCAUAUUUCCAAAACCCACACAAAAGCCAGGUGAGCGUGGCCCGGCACAGCAGAGACAGGGGCAGGAAACAUUGGUGCAGAUUCACUAGCCAGACAACCAAAGCAGCCUCGGUACGUGAAGUAGAGAGGUGCCAGGGAAGUCACCUGACAUGAGAGUCAGAGCUCUACACAUAUGCACAACUACCUAACUGUAUGUGAGCACAUGCAUGGAUAGUGGGCAUGUAUGCACAUAUUCAAAAGAUUAAUUCAAAUAAAAUCUAAUCCAAGAGGUUAUUAGAAUAAUUAACCCCUUUCUGAGAUAACUAAGGUUUCGUGAUAAAUUGAGCCUGAAAAUAUCAGUUGUUUUCCUAUUCAAAUAAAUGUUCUUUAUGGUUCUUAAUGUGUUGCCUUUUCUAGUUCAGUGCUUUCAAAAGUCAUCUUCAAGAGAAGUGUCCUUCUUUGAAACUUAAGAAACUAUUUAUUUGAUAAUACUGUUAUUCAUUCAAAGUAUUCCAAAUUUUCAACUUAAAUGCUGCUUUGUUGAAAGUCUACCACUUUGUAAAUGUGAGAUGGGAUGCACACUUUUAUCUUGAGUUUUAAAUGGAACUCAAAGAAAAAUGCCACUAGCCACUUUUAUAAUAAUGCCAAGCAAUAAAACUCUCCAGGUGUGAGUUCAAGGCCCUAAGCCACAUCAUAUAGAGAACCAACUUCCUAGGAGUGAUAGGGUGAUUGAAAUUGCUGAGCACAGGGAAAGGGAUGGGACACAUUGCGCCAUGGCUGCAGAUGCUGUCAACUGGCUUUAAUUUUUACAAAGGAUACCUGUAGUGAAGCAGUUCGUUUCUUCUGGACUGUUUUAUCAGCUCUGUUGGGUUUUCUAUGACUUCAUUUCAACAGAAAAGCUGCCAUGCUAUCUUCACUGGGUGACUUGCACCAUCUUUUUUAAUUAUAAGGGUUGACCUUAUAAAUGUUUCCUGUAGAAUUUUCUAAACAACAUACUUGUUGCAGUCAAAACUGUUCAAAAAAAAAAAACCUGUAAAUUCCAUGGUAUUUCAGGGUUAUUGAAGAGUCAUUGAUGCCUUCUAAAACCUUUUCCCAAAAUUAUUUCUGGAAUUCAUGAUUCUGUUUUCUUUCUCCUCUUUGUUGGGUUAAAGGUGGUUUCUCUCUUUCAUUUAUUUUCAGAUGACAUUUGUUUAUCUCCUAAGCUUAAGUUGUCCAUAACAUUUUGUCUGCAAUGCAUUGUUGAUCAUGAGCUCUCUGCAGUGUGUUGUCAUAGCAAGUGAGCAUGAAUAAGAGCAGAUGAAUGUCUAGGAAGCUGGGGCUAGAGAGAUGUCUCAGAGGUUGAGAGCACUGGCUCUCUUACAGAGUCCUGAAGUCAAUUACCAGCAACCACAUGGUGGCUCACAACCAUCUAUAAUGGGGUCUGGUGCCCUCUUCUGGCAUAAAGGCAUACAUGGAGGCAGAGCAUUAUAUAUAUAAUAAAUAAAUAAACCCUUAAGAAAAAUGUCUAGGAAGCACAGGUCUUAUUUGGCAAUUAUCUCUGCUUUAUAUAGAGUAGAAGAUAACUUUACUUUCCUGCAUCACAUGAUGUUCAUGUUAGUACUAAGAUAAGCACAUGGUAUUUAUAAUCUAAAAUGAGAAAAACAGGAAUACCUUAGUGUUUUUGUUUUUUAGUGUUGUAUUCUUCAAGAGUGUAUUAAUAUACGAACUGUGGCUAAAGACUUCUUGUUAGAAUUAUGUUGAUAUCUGUAGUGGAUCCUGUAACUUCUUCAUUCUUAGUUUCAUUAGAAUCAAAUUAUUUUUUUUCAUAUAACAAUCAAGCUAUAGGUUCCCUAGAUUUUUUUAAAUGAGUAUUAGACCACUAGAUCUAUCUAAAAACUCUGUUUGUGACUUUAUAUGCACAUGUAUGAAUGUAGAAAAUAUAUUAAUCUUCAAUUCUCACCAAAGGAACAAAAUGUUAUGUAAAUUUUAAUUUAAGUAUUUUAACAAAAGCUUUGUACAUGUAUUUAAUGUUAUAAUUCAUUUUUACACAUGCCCCUCAAUCUUGCUAGGUUACAGGAAGAGACAAUGUUGCUUUUGUUACAAGUAUAUAGAGAGAAAUGAGGUUAGCAACGGAAACAACACAGAAUGAGUGGAGAUGAGUAAGUGGACUAUUGGUGUCCAGGGAAGAGCAACAUAUAAAACACUGAACUGUGCAAGGGAAAUCAAGUAGAAGAUUACCAUGUACUUAUUUGUUGAUGAAAUCCUUGCACCCAGACUUUGUUUGACCUUAGCCUCUAAAUUAUAGAUGAUGCUAUCUUAUUAUUACUUAAUUUUUUCCUCUAAUUUUUUAAAAACAGUUUCCUUCUGUAAAUGAUUUUCUGCUGGUUUUGGCUCUAAAUUCAACUUUCUAAGCUAAGGGCAUGGCCAAAUGCUGUGUCUUUUCUGUAUUUCAAGAUAAAAUAACACAUGACCUCUUCAAGACAGUUAAUUUGUUGGGGGAGAUGACUGAAAGUUACAUGAAGGUUAUCCUUUGUCCUAAAAUUCAUUGUGGUCAACUUAAUAAAAUAUUAAGUCAUAUUUUAGUAUAUUUUAAUAAGUGAAUACUAAAUACAAAAUAAAGACAAUUUUGAGAAGAAACAGGCCAUAGAGCCAUUGUGAUGACAGAAUAUAUCAUAGGUACCAUUAGCAUAUAAUCAUUCAUAUAUAAAACCAAACUGGUAUUUCAUCUUUUAAGAGACAAUUAACUAUUAUUAAAAAAUAAAUAUUAUCUUGAUUUUUCUUUGGACUUCUUGGCUGAGUUUGAAAGGGCAUUUCAGAAUAGUAUAGUUGACGCUAAUGUGAAAAUAUAAACACCCAAUUUUCUAGUGGUAUGAAUGUAAAAUACUUGGACAUAGUGUAUAUAUAGUAUAACAUCUGUAUAUUUGAUCAUAAAGACAUAAUUGAAAACAUUGUAAAAUUAAGUCUUCAAUUCUUGUUAAAUAUGAAACAUUUGUAUCUUGUAAAUAAAGACAUCCUUAAAUUGG